UUUUUUUGCUUUUGUUCGAAGUGAAUUUGAGAGGUUUUCGCGGCCUCGUCACUCAAAAACCAAUCGGCGUCAUCAUCAGACUCAUCACCAUUCAUUCACCAGCUCCAGCGCCCGGGAGCGGUGUGGCUCUUUAUCGUCCUCGCCGCAGCGUCGCCGCACCGCCACAAAUUUCGAAACUCUUGAGGAAGGCCAACGAAGGGAAAUGGCAAUGGCGUCCUCUGGGAGUCGGGGAAUGCUGUCCAAGGACCAGCUUCUUCAUCUCUUCCACCGCUUCUCUUUCCUCGCUUCUCUGCCUGAUGUUAAGAAACGGAUUUCGGAUGCUGUGCAGGAUAAACAGGAAGCUGUUGCUGUGACUACGGAAAUCCAAGAAGAAAUAUUUCAGGAGAUGGGUGUCGAACCAAGAUUUGGCAUAGCAUGCUUGGGAAGAGUAAACAUGGUUUAUGAGAAUGACCAGGAUUUGAUGAUUCGCUUCUAUAAAUUUGUUGCAAAGGAAGAAGAGGCUUGUGAUGAGGCUGAAUUUGGGCAAGAUGAAUUUUCAGAAAGAAUGCUUUAUCAGCAGAAACUGCAGGAACAGCAAAUGGAGAUGCUAAAGUACAUGCGCCAAUUUAACCUUGACGAUCAGUCAGCAAUCCUUGAUAAGCUGCGGCAGCAGAUAGAAAAUGCAAAUUUUGACGGCGAAGCAUCAGUAUUGUCACCAGAACAAAUUCAAGAAACUGUCCGAAGGAGGGUAUCGCCUCUAUUUACGCCAAGGGGAGCAAGUUGAGGUGAACCGCACAAAGAUUGUCAAUCCGCUCCAGUGCUGCUUGGUUUGCUUUGUCUGGUUCUAGUGCUGUUCUUCUGGUUCAAAUUGCCACCUCAAGCAACCGGGCGACCGAUGUUCCGAUGAGUUAAUUGUUAGACUUGCUUGUUAACCAUGGCACCGCCAUGUGCAUUUGACUAAGACCUUGUAGCUGGAUAUCAUGGUUAAGAAAUUAUUACUCGUGUUACGGGUGGUGUUAAGUUGGUUGGCGGAUACUAUGAAGAGAGAACUCGAGCACUAUUACAUCCAGAGCAACAUGUAUUCUUGGUGAGAAGCAUAACAGGAUCCAUGUUGCCAUCCCCGAAAGUUAGUUUGUCUUCCAUCAGAGAAUCACAAUCCACCACAUAAAUGAGUUUUGAGUUGCAAA